CAGCUCGCUUCCGAAACAACGAACGAGCCGCAGACCAAAAAGUAGCAACCGCCAGAUAAAGACAGAUGGAGUCUUCGGAAUAACGUUUUAUUUGGAUUAAUAAACAUUUCCCCCAAAGUUCCGCGAGCAAGCAGACAUUUCCGUUUAAUGAGGACAUUUGCAAGGAUAAACAGUGCUUUGGCAUGAAUUUCUCAGAGGUCUUCAAGCAGUCCAACCAGCUGUGCAAAAUCUCUCCAGAUGGCAAAUACUUGGCCACCUGUGUUCAGUAUCGCCUGGUGGUGCGUGAUGUCAACACACUGCAGAUCUUGCAGCUGUUCACCUGCCUGGACCAAGUGGCCCACAUGGAGUGGUCUUCAGACUCACUCUUCAUCCUCUGCGCUAUGUACAAACGAGGACUAGUACAGGUGUGGUCUCUGGAGCAGCCAGAAUGGCACUGUAAGAUAGAUGAGGGCUCGAUCGGUCUAGUCUCCUCACGCUGGAGUCCAGACGGACGUCACAUUCUCAACACCACAGAGUUCCAUUUAAGAGUCACUGUCUGGUCACUUUGCAACAAAUCUGUCUCAUACAUCAAGUACCCUAAAGCGUGCCAGAAAGGCAUGGAUUUUAGUGCAGAUGGACGCUACAUGGCUUUAGUUGAGCGAAGAGACUGCAAAGAUUUCAUUAGCAUAUUUGUAUGUGAUGACUGGCAUCUCCUCAGGCAUUUCGAGACAGAAACACAGGACCUGUCUGGGGUGGAGUGGUCUCCCAAUGGCUGUGUUCUUGCAGCAUGGGAUUCCUGUCUUGAGUACAAGAUGCUGCUGUAUUCCCUGGAUGGGCGUCUGUUGUCUACCUACAGUGCUUACGAAUGGUCACUGGGCAUCAAAUCAGUUGCCUGGAGUCCCAGUAGCCAGUUUCUGGCCAUAGGCAGCUAUGAUGAGAAGGUUCGGAUCUUGAACCACAUCACCUGGAAGAAACUUAUCGAGUUUGAGCAUCCGGCCACCAUCACCAGCUCCAAAGCUGUGGUGUAUAAAGAGGUGGAGAAGAAGCCCGUCAUUGGUACUGAAGAUUUGUCUGUUCAUCAGAUCGCCAUGGGAAGCUCCCUCUUUAACACUAAGAGCAAUUAUGAGAUCACUUCCUUACCGGUCCAGGUUCCAGUAGUAAAGCCUGAUACGGAUCGCGCCAAUCCCAAAAUCGGAAUCUCUGCCAUUGCCUUCAGUGCAGACAACAGAUACCUCGCCACAAAGAAUGACAACAUGCCGCAGAGCCUGUGGGUGUGGGACAUGCAGCGACUUGGCCUGCAGGCUGUGCUGGAGCAGACAGCCCCUGUGCGCUGUUUCGUCUGGGACCCCUGCAGACCCCGCCUGGCCCUCUGCACAGGAAACAACAAAAUCUACAUGUGGUCUCCGGCUGGCUGCAUCUCUGUGAAGGUGCAAGUGGAAGGGAGUUUUCAGGUGCAGUCCAUAAUGUGGCACGGCAGUGGAGACUCGUUGGUGCUGCUGGGGAAAGACCAGCUGUGUCUGUGCUACUUGGCUACAGAUGAGGAGAAGUGAGCAGCAGGAAGCACCUGUGGCUGCGCUAGCAAGUAUGUUUAAGAGAGGUCAAAAUUAAGAAGCUCUGGGUUCAGCUUCCUUAAUUCUGAUUUUAUCUGUCAGAAAAGAAACUAGAACUGUUUACAGUUUUAGGGGUCGGGGGCAAAGCUGUUUAAACACACAGAGGAACACUUAAAAGGGCUUGUCCUAUUUAAUCCUAAGGAACCAUUCAGGAAAAACACAAAAGAGCAGGCCUUAAAUUGUAGGUCCUUCAUUGACUAAACAUAGUACUUAUGCACUAUGUUUCUAGUAUAGCAAGUAAAAAAACAGAGAAGCUAUGAAUUUAGUGUUCAAAAUGUACCAGAAAAGCACAAUCAUCUGCUAGCUGGAAGUCUACUUCUGUUGCGUGAAAAAAAAUGAAUCCUCUUUAUUUAAAUGACCAAGACCAGUUUACACCUGAUCACUUCAUCAUUCUUGAAUAUCAGGACUAUAUCUGGAUAAGGCCAAACCACGAACAUGUGUAAAUAAAUGUAAACACAGCCAAAUCACAUAUUAGCAAUGUUAUAGGAGUAUAAACACAUCUGCCUCUCCAAAAACUUAUUUAACCAUACCAUAACUCCAGUUUCAGUUUCACUUGUUUUCACUUGUCUUUCCCACACUCCCUCAAAUUUUACUAUUCACUAAAUGUAGACACAUUUGAUUGCCAAGUGUAAAUAUCCAGAUACAAUCCAGAUACUAGUUCCCUGAAGUGACCAGAUCUAAAUGGGGUCUAUCAUUCAUUACAAAAGGCUGUAUAAUACAUUUAGAGAUGGCACAAUAUCUCUUUUAUUAUAACACUGAAUCUGUGCUUACAGUCUGGUACUGAUCUGAUCGUUUCUUCAUAAAAUAAGCUUUAAAUUGAUUAUUUUUUAUUAAAGCAUUUCACUAAACAUGAGCAUUUAAAAAGAAGUUCUCAUACUCCACUUAAACACUCCACUACCCUAACAGGAAGAAAUUGACCGCUAAUCUGACAUCUCACAGUGCAGUCUGGGUUCAGAUUAGCUGUUCUUUACAGGUCUUGCUGUAAAUGUGAAAGUUCUUUGUGCUGCUGCAGGGUUUGCAUUGUUUGGCUUUAUUUUUGCUGUAACAGCAAUUACUCAAUGUUCAGAAUGAACUAAAGAACAUUUAAUAUUUAUAGACUGUUGUCAAAAAAUGAGGCACUGUGCUUCACUGCAACAGACCAGACACUCAAACUCGUAGGUAAGAAGGUAUGAAAACUGCUGCUGUGUGACCAUUACACUCAUCCUUCUCCCAUUACACACACAAGCGAUGAAGUCCUGAAGUUUCAAGAUAAAUGUACUUUGAAAACUUUUUGAAUGUAAACUUUUGAGGAACAAGUUUGUUUUUUUUAUAUGUAUAUGUAUGUCUAGAACUUAGAAUUAUUUUUAUAAAUUUAAUAUUAUUUCCAAUAAAGUUUUGUACAAAUGCACUUGAA